GAAGGUUACACCAACCCGUUGUUACAAUUGUGUUGUGGUUUUUACGAUGUGUUUUGUUCAUUGAAGUGUUUGAAAUUUUAUUUUAAUAGUUUUUAAAAGUUGAUGGUCAAAUAUGAGUAAAACAGAACCCGUUUCUGAUGCUUGGUCCCUUACAAUACCCGAAUUCAAACCAGAAGACAACCCUCAUGGUCUAUUGGAAGAGAGUUCUUUUUCCACACGUUUCCCUACAUACAGAGAAGCAUAUUUAAAGAAAUGUUGGCCUCUUGUAGAGAAGAUUCUUGGAGCCCAUUUCAUCAAAGCAGAGUUAGACUUAGUGGAAGGCACUAUGACUGUGUGCACCACUAGAAAAACUUGGGAUCCUUUUAUAAUUGUAAAAGCAAGAGAUAUGAUUAAAUUAUUAUCUCGUAGUGUGCCUAUUGAGCAUGCACAGAAAGUUUUAGAAGAUCAAAAUGGUUCUGAUAUUAUCAAAAUUGGAACUAUGGUUAGAAAUAAAGAAAGGUUCUUGAAAAGGCGACAGAGACUUAUAGGUCCAGCUGGCUGCACACUUAAAUCUAUCGAACUUUUAACUAACUGUUAUGUCCAGGUACAAGGACAGACAGUUGCCGCAGUCGGGCCCUAUCGGGGUUUAGCUCAGGUUCGACGUGUUGUUGAAGAUACAAUGAAAAAUGUACAUCCCAUAUACAACAUCAAAGCUUUAAUGAUAAAGCGGGAAUUGGCUAAAGAUCCUAAACUGAAAAAUGAAAAUUGGUCCAGAUUUUUACCAAAAUUUGAAACUAAGUCAGUGGGUGCUAAAAAGAAACCGAAGAAGAAGGUAAAGAAACCUUACACACCAUUCCCUCCGCCACCACAGUUAAGGAAGGUUGAUGUACUCCUAGCUACUGGAGAGUACUUUUUGACAGAGGAAGAAAAGAGAAGGAAGAAAAGAUCAGAAAGAUUUAGAAAGGAUGAAGAAGCUAAAAUCAGGAGGGAAGAAAAACGGAAAGAACCUUUCAUUCCUCCUAAGGAAGAAACCAUACUCUCAAAACCUGCUGCUUCAUCUGAUGUCGAUAUUGAACAACUAAAAAAAAAAGUGAAAAAACAAAAAUUGAGAUAAGAAUACAUCUAAUUUUUGAUAAAAAUACAUUCAAAUGUAUAAUUUUAUUGCUUGAGUGUAAAUUUGUAAAUAUAUCAUUUUUAAUUUUGA